GAGUAGAAGGAAUCCUGGGUUGGAGGUACUGCUGGAUGAUUUUGGUUUUGCUGACUGUUUGCUUUGUUGGCUUCUGUAAGGGAAUCUGACACAAGAGUUUGUUGCUUUGUUUUUGUUUUGGGUUUGUUUUUUUCCCCUCAUCUUUGCCUGAGGAGCUGUGCCAAGUCCUCAUAUCAAGUGCAGAACAUGCUUUUCCUACUGCUAAAGCUGAGCCUGGGAUUGCAGCUUCAUCAGACAGCAGCUUUAUUCACAGUGACCGUCCCUAAGGAGCUGUACAUAGUAGACUAUGGCAGCAAUGUGACCCUGGAGUGUGAUUUUGACACUGGAGGCCAAGUGAAACUUGAAGAAAUAAAAGCCAUUUUGCAAAAGGUAGAAAACGAUACAGCCUUGCCUGCUAAAAGAGCCACUUUGCUGGAGGAGCAGCUGUCCCUGGGGAAGGCCCUAUUCCACAUCCCUCACGUCCAAGUGAGGGAUGCAGGGCAGUACCGCUGCCUGAUCAUCUGUGGGGUUGCCUGGGACUACAAGUACCUGACUCUGAAAGUCAGAGCUUCCUACAAGAAAAUAAACACUCACGUCCUAAAGGUCCCAGGGACAGAUGAGGUAGAGCUCAUCUGCCAGGCUGAAGGUUACCCCCUGGCAGAAGCAUCCUGGCCAAACAUCAGCAUUCCUGCCAACACCAGCCACAUCAAGAUCCCUGAAGGCCUCUACCAGGUCACCAGUGUUCUGCGCCUAAAGCCCCAUCCUGGAAGAAACUUCAGUUGUGUGUUCUGGAAUGCUAAUAUGAAUGCCACUUCAGCUGUUUUUGACCCUGAAAGUUGGAUAGAACCCAAGCUCCCUACAACUUCGCUGCUUCACAUUCUCAUCCCUUCCUGCACUAUUGCUUUAAUUUUCAUAACCACAAUGAUAGUCCUAAGAAAACGGCUCUGCCAUAAGCUGUAUUCUGGGAAAGACACAACAAUAAGACCUGUCACCACAAUAAAGAGGGAAGCAAAUACAGCCAUCUGAACCUGUGGUAUUAGGAGCCCGGGUGACCUGAUGGACUAUCCUCAGGAGGCUUCUGGUCUCUGAAGAAGAAUCCACUGGCCUGAAGAGCUUGCCACUUUCACUUUUCAAGUGCCUUUGGAUGACCCAGCACUUUAAUCUGGAGCCUGCGACAAGACUAGGCAGCACCAGCUCCUGCGUGCACAGAAUUCAAGCAGCCUGCCCUUUCACUGACCCUAGCUCUUACCUCUGCAGCCUGUGGCCCUGAGCAUGCACUAUUGCACUUUAGAAAACUACCCCACUGGAUCCUGGAACCCAGUGAGGGUCUGAAGGCUCCUUCUUGCUGCCAGA